AUGGGGAACUUUAAUGUCAUCCCCAAUGUUGGAGAGUCACAUGGAGGUUUAAUAAAGUGGAGCCCUGUAAUGAUUGAUUUCAAGGAGUGCUUGCAGCAUACUGAAUUAGAGGACCUCAAAUACAAUAGGAUCUUAUAUUCUUGCUCCAACAGAAGUCUGGGUACUGCUUCUAUUGCAAAGAAACUGGAUAGAGCCCUUAUCAACCAAAUGUGGACCUCUACCUUCCCAUUCUCUGAAUGCACUUUCCUCACACUUGGUAUUUCAAACCACAGUCCAAUUUUGGUUAGCAUGGAUUUUCAGAUUCCAAGGAGAUGCAUCCAUUUCAGAUUCUUCAAUGCUUGGGCCACACACCAAAAUUUCUCAACUUCAGUACAUAAUGUAUGGAAAACAUUCAUUAGAGGGACUGCAAUGUUUCAGGUGGUCCAAAAGCUAAAGUUCCUCAAGCCAGUCCUCAAGGAAAUGUCCUGGAAAGAUUUCUUGGCAUUGGAUUCAAAGCUUCAUGCAGUCAAAGUUGAACUAGAUGCAUGCCAACUUGACCAUGAUUGCUUCCCCAGUGACGUCUCACUAAGAGAAAUGGAGAGGUCCCUCAUCUCAAAGUUUUUAAAACUUACAAAUCACCAAAAGGACGUGCUAAGAGAAAAGUCUAGAAUGACUUGGUUGAAGUUUGGAGACAGCAAUUCAGCAUACUUUCACAAGUCAUUAUCCUCUAAAAAUAACGAGAAAAAGAUCUUAUCCAUCACAACAGAUUCAGGCCAAAUCAUUGACCGCAAGGAUGGAAUCAUAAUAGAAAUUGUGGGACACUUCCAAAGGUUGUUAGGUAUAUCCCUUCCAACAACUCAUACACUUUCUGAAUUGCAGCCAUUUAUCACUGCACAGGUCCUAUCACAUCUCAAGGCCCUCUUAGAUGAAAUUCCAUCCCCUUUGGACAUUUAA